UUUCACAAUAAUUAAAGAAUCUUUUUUUUAUGGGUAAGCAUUUUAUCUCAUUUAUGCAAUUUGACUCCUUAUAUAUGGUAUAAUAUACUUUAGUAACUAAAAUUUGUAGAUACAUAAAGUGAAGUAAAAAAAUAAUAUUAUUUUUGUUUAAAAUGAAAUAGUUUUAAAUGGCAUUUGCUUAUACUAUUGUAAGUUCUAUAAUUGGAUAGAUUUUAGAAAUACCUUUUAGUAUAUUUUAUAAUUUUAUUCUUGAAGAAAGAUAUGGAUUUAAUAAUUAAACAUUAUCAUUGUUUAUAAAAGACUAAAUAAAAAAUAAUAUAGUCGGAUUAAUUUUAACUCCAAUAUUACUUUAUCUUUAUUUAAAAAUAGUUGAAGUAGGAGGAUAAUACUUUUAUAUUUACGUUGUCAUUUUUAUUUUAUUUUUUAUAUUCUUAUUCUAAUGGAUAUGGCCUAAUUUUAUAGCUCCAUUAUAUAAUAAAUACGAGGAACUGGAAGAAGGAGAGUUAAAAUUAGGAAUUAAUAAAUUAGCAGAAUAAAAUGAUUUCCCUCUAAAGAAAUUAUUUAAAGUAGAUGGUUCAACUAGAAGUUCUCACUCUAAUGCCUAUUUUUUUGGGUUUGGAAAAAACAAAAGAAUAGUAUUAUUUGAUACGUUAAUAAAUCAAUUAGAAAAAACGGAAAUAUAUGCAGUGUUAUGUCAUGAAAUAGGCCAUUGGAAAUUUAAUCAUACAUUCAAACAUAUUGGAUUUUUAAUGAUUAAAAUUUUUUUAUUUUUUUAUUUAUUUUAAUUUUUUAUAUAUGAAGAUUAUUUUUACAAAAGUUUUGGAUUUAAUCAAAAAUCAAUAUUUAUAGGGUCCAACUUAUUCGUAGGAUUAUUUAUACCUAUUAACUAGAUUUUAUCUGUAAUUUAAAUGUCUUUAAGCAGAAUAUAUGAAUUUUAAGCAGAUUAGUACGCAUUUUAAAUGGGAUAUGCUCAAUAGUUAUGUGAUGGAUUAAUUAAAAUGUUUAAAGAGAACUCCGGUAAUUUGCUUCCUCAUCCUAUCUAUUCUUGGUAUCAUUACUCACAUCCCCCAUUAAAAGAACGUCUUGAUUAUAUAAAUAAUCUAUAAAAAAAAGAAAAAUGA